AUGGUGAAGGGGGGAGGAACUCUCUCUCUCUCUCUCUCUCUCUCUCUCUCUCUCUCUCUCUCUCUCUCUCGUCCUCUCCCUCGUUUCUCUUGUCUCUCUCUCGCUCGCUCCCUCUUACUCGCUCGUCCGCUGUCUCUCUCGCUCUCUAUCAAUCCAUCUAUCUACCUAUCAAUCUGUCGGCAAACGAGAGUCUAUCAACAGUCGGUCACCAGUCCAUACUAGUCUUCCAAUUUUUUACUCAAUCAACUAUUAGUAUAUACUACGAUGCUUGUUAUUUUCACAAAUUACGACGAUGA